UUUAUAGAAACGCCUGGUUGUUUUCUGUUUUGUGCUCCUAAAAAUAUGGAGAAUAGUUAGCUUUUACAACAUCUAGGAACCUCUGCUUUGAGUCGACGAAAACAAAAUGAGGAGUGGAAAAGUGUGCGUAGAAUGCGGAGAGAAUACAGCGUCAAACAAACUCUUUAGAAAGUUUCAGGGAGGCGCAGUUCGCUUGCUGUUUUGUGAACACUGCUCGAAGGUUAUGGAUAAAUAUCUCGAAUUUGAUCCAGUCCUUGUGUUCUUGGAUGUUCUUCUUCUUAAACCACAAGCAUUCCGACAUGUCCUGAUGAACUUACAGCCUCAGAUCCAUUGGCAGCUUUGUAUGCUGUAUCUUCUUAGCAAUGCCUAUACCAAAUGGUGUAGAACAAACCAGAUUGGGGACUCUGCUUCACACCAUGACCAUACUGUACUGGAACUGAAAUUCUACUGGAUGAUGUUUCUGUCCUGUGUAGAAUUGAUUGCAUUUUUCCUGGGAGUAUUUCUUUCCAUCAAAUUUUUGCUGAGCCUUUCAAAGUCAAAUCACCAAGUGACUUCAUUCAGAGACAUUGUAAGGACGGUUCUGUUAUCUAGUUUUGGCAAGCUAUUGUUCGUCCCUGUGGUGGUUUGGGGGGGCCCCAGUGUGCAGACAGGGCUUCUGCUGACCAGGCUACUUGUUUUUGCAUCAACCACAGUAGCGCUUGGAGUUACACUAAAGAUUCCCUUCACUCGAGCAUCACUUGUAGUUGGCGCGGGUUGCCUGUGUGAAGUGCUUACUUCUCAAGCCUAUGUCAUGUGGGACUCGAAGCGAAUGACGUAACAAAAGAUAGAGUUGAAUAAUCAGGGGCGGACAGUCAAGAUUUAGAAACAAGUUUUGGCAGGCAAAAGAGUGGACACACGAAUAGGCAAUGGGCAUUAAACCUUUGCGUUUUUUUUAUUAAAAGUCAGUUUAGUUACAGACUAGAAAUGAUUUGUUGAGUAUCUAUCAAUGACGCUUGAUUAAACUAUAUCAGUACCUUAAGUACUAUUUAAAGGAUAAUACACAAUAAAGCAGAUCCAGGCAUUGUGCAAAGUGUAACUUUGGCAAAUUUUGAACUGGAAGGCUUGUCAAGAACUUUUUGGUGUAUAGGGCAGGAAUGAAAUAUUAUAAUUCUGCUGCACAAUACCUGAAUCUGUUACUUAAACUACAAAGUAAAUUAUCGAUGCAUGUAGAGAUUCGUAUGGUCCAAUGCUUCCACUUCUAGCCAAACCAUUUCCAUGCUUUUUCCACACGUUUCUUGACCGCCUGCUUAACUUUCCACUAGAACAUACAAGGCAGGAAUUAGUAAACUUCUAAGCCCCGAAAUCGAUUGGAGAAAUCAAAGAGGUUUAGCAGCUUAAAAUUACUGACUAGAGGUAAUAGAACUGACUGCAAAAUAUUGAAUCGCAGUAAAGCUUUUUGAUUUAUUUGAGAUACGUUGCAUACCAUGUAUUCCUUCAUCUUAGGCUUCUUGUCCUCCUGAAAUAUGAAAUAGAAACGGUUGUUAAUUUAUUGUCACGUUCUUAAUUAAAUAAAAUGGGAGUUGCUUAA